UUCCGCACACCGGAAGUAGAUUCCUGCUGAAGAGACGGUCGAGAAAAUGAACUCCUGAAUAGCUGUCAAGAAUAACAGUUAUAAACAUCUACAAGGCAGACAAGGGAACUGUUACUAGAUAAGGCUUCGACGGGUUUACUAAGUUGGAUCUGACAUCUGGGUCGCAGUGAUGGAGGGUCAGGAUAAUGCAGAUCAGGGCAGCAGUGAUCAGUCUGAAAUACAGCGCCGAAGACAGCUGGACCGUCUGGACAGAGAAGAGGCCUUCUACCAGUUUGUCAACAAUCUUAGUGAGGAAGACUACAGGCUCAUGAGAGACAACAAUCUGCUUGGCACACCUGGUGAAAUUACAGCAGAUGAACUUUUGAGCCGCCUUCGGCAGGUAAAGGAUGGCCCUGAGUCGCCAAGCAAUGGCACCACUGAGGAAAGAAGGGAGGGGCCUGGUGUAACAGAGGUGGAGGGCACUGAGGAAAAUCCCAGUGGGGAGACCCUUCUUGACUGGCUCAACACAGUACGACAGACGGGGAAUACAACAAGGAGCGGUUACCGGGGUAACCAGUCAUGGCGGGCUGUGAGCCAAACCAAUCCCAACAGUGGCGAUUUCCGUUUCAGUUUGGAGAUCAAUGUCAAUCGCAACAUUGCUGAACAGCAAACGCAGACAGAAAGGCUGGAAGGGGGCCAGGAAAGAGCAGAUGGCCCUGUGUCUGAGCCGGAGAGUCUCAUGGAGACUGCAGAGGUGGUUGAAGAACCAGUGGUAGACGAGCUGGCUGUUAUAGUAGAGCCAGAGCUGCCAGUUCCUAGCACCCUGUCUCUAAACCGGGAAGUUAAUGCAUCAGCUCCCCCAACCUUAGCUCCCCCAACCUUAGCUCCCCCAACCUUAGCUCCUCCAACCUUAGCUCCUCCAACCUUAGCUCCUCCAACCCUAGCUCCUCCAACCCUAGCUCCUCCAACCCUAGUUCCCCCAACCCUGGCUCCCCCAACCCUGGCUCCCCCAACCCUAGUUCCCCCAACCCUAGUUCCCCAACCCUAG